CCUCGCUGCCCACGGAUACCUCGCGCGUGCCGCAACGUGAUUGGCCAGUCAGCCCAUGGAACCAACACCGUCAAGAGCAACCCAAUGGAGCUGGCAGCACGCUUCAAUUGCCUCCUGAAGGGCAGAACCGGGGCGUUUUACCCGUAUUUCCACUCAUCGAGCGCCACAGCACAGAAAUGUUAGGAUGUCACGCUAAAAUCAGCCAAUCGAAGGCCUUUGAGACGACCCGCGGCCUUUGAAUCUCGUUUGGCAUCAUCUAUAAAAAUGGCACCUCUUCUUCAACAUCUCUGCUCUUUCCUCUGCUCUGGAGCACCAAUUGGUUUGAACCAUACGCUUGAGCCUUUGGAGUAGAACACACACACACACACACACAUACUUGUACAUACACUUAUACACACACGAUGAAAUUGCUUACUGAUGAUGAGAUCGAUGCCCAUUGGUGGGUUGUUGCUGAAGGAGGGUUGAUUGGGCUUGCUGCCGGUCUACUGGCCACCGGGGCCAUCUUCAAGUACGGUGCAUACAAGUACCCUGGGUUCCCAAAGAACUUGCCAUGGUCCAUCAGAACGGCGAUCUUCAUCUCGCCACCAACGGUGGGUAUCACCAUUGGUGCGGAGGAGGCGUCCAAUGCAUUUGAUAGAGAGAUGUACUCCAACGACUACAACGCAAAGCUCAAGUUGGAGGAGCACAAGAGAUGGGCAGAGCUGCCAUUGAGCCAGAAGUUCGUGCAAGGUGCUGCCAACAACAAGUACAAGAUCAUUGUUGGAGCAUGGGCCGCUUCCAUGUGGGGGUCAUGGGUCUUCGUGGACCGUGAUCCAAUCAUGACGAAGACUCAGAAGAUAGUGCAGGCCAGAAUGUACGCACAGUUCCUGACCGUGGGCUUGCUCUUGGGUUCUAUUGGGUUGAGUAUGUACGAUGAGAAGCACAACGCUCCAGCCAAGGUUGAAGAGCUGCAAGGCUGGGAGAAGGUGCUACUUGAAGAGGAGGAGAGACAGAAGAAGGAGAAGGAGAAUGGUAACGGUACUUACAAGAGAGCCAGAAUCUACAAGGAUUGAGCAGAGAGCUUCUCCUUGUUGUUUCUCCUGGUUGUUGUGUUUUUUUUUUUGUUCAUUCAUGAGGUUACGAGUCAUAUUCCCCUUGUACAUUUCCCCUAUAUAAACGUUCUGUAUACUAGC